UGAAAGUGUCUUAAUACUAAAUAUGGAACCUUUAAAGGAACUUUUUCUAGCAGCUUUCACUCUUUCAAUUGUAUUCCUUACAAUUCUGUGGUACAAAUUGGCAUCACACGAGGAAGAAUUGAGGUUGCCACCAGGACCUCGUGGUCUUCCGAUUGUGGGAUUCUUACCAUUUCUCCCGACCAAUUUGCAUCACCAGCUCACGAAGUUGUCGCAACAAUAUGGUCCAAUUUACAAGUUUUGGCUAGGAAGCAAACUAUGUGUUGUGUUGAAUGCACCAUCCUUAGCCAAAGAAGUUGUUCGUGAUCAAGAUUCCGUUUUUGCUAACCGUGACCCUCCAAUUGCAGGAUUAGUAGGUACUUAUGGUGGACUAGAUAUUGGAUUUUCCCCUUGUGGCUCCUACUGGCGUGAGAUGCGCAAACUGUUCGUAUAGGAG